AUGGGAGUGGAUGUAAACAACGUCAGACUGCCUACGGGGCAUUCUCACUUCUGUUUGCAGCCCUUCAACCCUAAAAAACUUACAAACUUGGUAAAAAUCAUGGAGAGCAAGGACAAUAGUAGUUCAAGUAAUUCACAGUACGAGCCCGCUCUUGGUUACGUGUUGGAGGAUAUCAGGCCCGACGGAGGAGUCGUGAAGUUCCGCUCUCCUGCUUAUAGCAACUGCUUGAAGGCACCCUCCUGA